CAUUUUACUCAUCUUUUAAUAGAUGAAGCUGCACAAGCUACUGAACCUGAAUUAGUUAUUCCAAUCUCAAUUAUGAUACCAGAUCCCAAAACCAAUCAUUUACAAGAAUUACCACAAAUCUUAAUUUGUGGAGAUAUAAAACAAUUAGGACCUAAAGUAGUAAGUGAAUUGAGUAGAAGAUUAGGUUUAGAUCUUUCAUUUUUACAAAGAUUAUUAGAAUGUAAAGCUUCUGCUGAUAGUAAUACUCGAUUGUUGCAUCCCUGCCCCAAAACCAUUACAUGCAUAUAUUCAUGUAUGCGCAUCAAGUUAACAAAAAAUUACCGAUCACAUCCAUCAAUCUUGAUGUUACCAUCUACAUUAUUUUAUAAUGAUGCAUUAGAACCAUACGCACCUAAAGAAAUCCAAAACACAGAAUUAUUAAAUUGGAAUCGAUUACCUAAAAAAGGAUGUCCGAUCAUCUUUAAAAACGUUUCGUUUGCAGAAGAUUGGGUAGAUGAAGGUUCAUCUUGGUAUAACAUUGGAGAAUCUGAAAUCGUGGUUGGAUUUGUGAUUGAGUUAAUGAAACAAUCAUCUGAAUCAAUCAAAAAGUUAAUGGGUUUAAAACCUAGUCAAAUUUCGAUUAUUACUCCUUUUAGAGAACAGGUUUGGGUGAUUCGAUUGGCUUUGAGAAAGAUUGGAUUGAGUGAUGUAGAUGUUGGUACAGUUGAAAGCUUACAGGGUGGGGAAAAUCGGGUAGUGAUUGUGAGUACGGUAAGAUCACAUCAUAAAAAACAUAUUGAAGAUGAUAGAAGAAGAGAUAGAGGAUUGAUCUUUGAAGCUCAAAGGUUUAAUGUCACUCUUACUAGACCUAAAGAGCUAUUAAUUGUAGUUGGUAAUGCUGAAACAUUAACGGUUGAUCCAUAUUGGAGAAGUUUUUAUCAUGUAAGUGACCACCCUUCCAAAAGAACAUUAAGAUGA